ACCUGAAUUGAUUCUUACCGGAAUGUAUAAAAAUUAGAUAAACUGGACGGAGCUUGUAUGAACUAUUACCAUGAUUGACUUUGUUGAGAGUGCAGUGAUGGAGAUGAUGGGACAUGAUAACGUAGAAGAUGGACAUCAUGUUGCCUGAGGUGGUGUUAUCGUCAACCACCACAGGGCAAUUUCGUUCCGACCGUUAUGGAAGGUGAAGUUUCACAGUAAGAAACUCAAUGAGGAGCUUUUUCUUCGACUCCAUGAAUCCUUCACGACCACCUCUAUCUCAAUAUCUCUUAAAACCACCAUCGACCUUCAGGAAGAAACUCAAUGCCUGCUUUGCGUCAUUAUUCGAACUUUCCCCAACCCGCCCCAUCUCUGCAUCUUCUUCUCUCGGCCAAUUCGCCUCCUAUUUCUCACAAGUAAGAGGAUUUUCAAGUUCUCCAGAUGGAUCUUCCACAACCCGCGGUCCCAUUCGGAUUGUUUCGUCUGAUAACUCAUCAGACUCCCCUAACACUCCCAUUGAUGCGGGUUCUUCAAUUCGAAAGCCUACCAGUUUUUGGCCAGGAGUGUACCAUUCACCUGCGACUAAAGCCCUGUGGGAAGCAAGAUCGAGUACUUUUGAGAAGCUUUCUCAUGCCACCUCUGAUGCCCCUCCCCAGAGUGAACUUAUCACCAAGAAUCCUAGAAUUAGCAGGACUAGUGUGUUCUACCCGUUCUCCACCGAUUAUGAUCUGAGAGAACAGUAUAGGAACCCUUGGAAUAUGAUAAGGAUGGGAAGGCUAGUUGAAGACCUUGAUGCUCUGGCCGGAACAAUAUCUUACAAGGUAAGAGUAUGAGAAACUCGGACAGCUUAUUGUUGGAUUCCUAUAGAAUGUGCUACUCUGUUUUCAGCACUGCUCAGAUAAUGAUAGCACAACUAGGCCAUUAUUACUAGUUACUGCUUCUGUUGACAAGAUGGUUUUGAAGAAACCGAUUCACAUCGAUUUGGAUUUGAAUAUUGAGGGGGCUGUUACAUGGGUUGGGAGAUCAUCGAUGGAGAUACAAUUGAAGGUGACCCAAAACUCACCAGACACUCCAGACUCUUUGGCUUUAACUGCAAACUUCACAUUUGUGGCCCGUGACUCCGUUACUGGGAAAUCAGCUUUAGUCAACCAAAUUUCACCAGAAACUGAAGAUGAAAUAUUGCUCUGGAAUGAAGCUGAAGAAAGAAACAGAAUGAGGAAGAAAAUGAGAGGGGAGCAGACAAAGAAAGUUGAUGUCAGAGAAGUAAAUAGGGUUGAUGAGUUGUUGGCCGAGGGAAGAGUGUUUUGCGAUAUGCCUGCUUUGGCAGACAGGGAUAGUAUUUUGAUGCAGGAUACCUGUUUGCAGAAUUCCUUGAUUUGCCAACCUCAGCAAAGGAAUAUCCAUGGUCGUAUAUUUGGAGGGUUUUUAAUGAGAAGAGCGUUUGAGCUGGCCUAUGCAACAGCUUACUCAUUUGCUGGGACCGCACCUUGCUUCAAAGAAGUUGAUCAUGUGGAUUUCUUAAAACCUGUAGAUGUUGGAAAUUUCCUUCGUUUCAAAUCUUGUGUUUUGUACACCGAACUGGACAACCCAUGUCAGCCUCUCAUUAAUGUGGAAGUUGUUGCUCAUGUUACAAGACCUGAACUGCGGUCCAGUGAGGUAUCAAACAAGUUCUACUUUACGUUCUCUGUCUGCUCAGAUGCCUUAAAAAAUAAUCUAAGGAUUCGGAAUGUUGUUCCCGCUACGGAAGAGGAAGCACGUCGUGUAAUAGAGCGCAUGGAUGCAGAGAAAUCCUUUCAAUAUUAAAAACUUUAUGGUAUUGCAACCUAUGAGAAUGCUGGCUGGCAGGCAGGCAGCAUUGCCAGCCAAUUUCUGCAUGCAAACUGCCUCUGUGUUGAAGUUAACAGUUAUGGCAGAAUACUCCGUGUUUUUUUUUGCUCCUAGAGGAAUUUUGAUUAUUUAUCAGGCGUAACUAGCUUUGAAAAACACUUCAACCAAAGUGUGCUUGAUAGAGCAUAUAUAAGUGUUUGAUACAUUGAUAUGACACUUCAAAACUACUCUUAAAUGUUACUGGUAGUUGCUAUUUGCUACACACCAUAUGGCAGCUUAAAAUUUACCGCUACUUAUACGCAUUAAGGCAUAAGCUGGCAGCUUAACACCCC